AUGUCACGUAACAAUACUGGCACGCUUCACACCACCUCGAGCGGCGAGCCAAUGGAUCCUCUUGCGAUUAGCGAAAAUGACGCGACAACUCAUCAAAGCGUCGCGAGAAAUAACAACUUCGUGCCGGCACCAGAAAAUCUUCGGAACGAAUCAAUUCCAUGGGUUAACGACUCGAUGGUCUGGGUGGCAGAUAGGCUAUCGGGACUAUUUCAAUCCGGGCUUGUGAAGGAAGCAGCCAGUGCCACUAUUCAGGACCCAGAACAGGAAAAACGAACCUUGACAUACCCAAUUGAAGACGUUCUUGGUUCAUUAAAUCGACAGAUCAGGCAGUUGCCUACGACUGCUUCGCCAAGAGACGAGAGCCCGCCCUCCGAAGCUGAUGUGCUUGAAGGUCAGAUAGAGCUCUGCAGCAGAUGUGCCGGUUUAUCGCUCGGUUGCCUUCCUAACCCCGUUGACAUGCCCAUUUCUUCCGCUGCAAAGAUUCCAGGCAUCACUUCGGCGCCAGCUGGAGAGGACGGUGCUGAAGACUCAGAAAAUAGCGAUGAUGGGAAAGAUUCAAGGAACCAAUGGUACCUCUGGAUGGAGGGUGCCGCGGACACCGCGAGAGCAGAAGAACUACGACUGUUCUUGAUUAACGAGGUCGCAGACGAAGGCACUCUACCCUGUAGUCGCAACGCCAUUCAGGGGAAUCUAGUUGAAUUGGGUCGUUUCCCGGAUGAUUUUAAGACAACGAAUUGUCCUCUUUGUAAUGCUUUAGCUGCCGUUCGUACAAGGUUACAGGGAUCUGCCCAUGGGCAUCCGGAGUGGCCGUACGAACUCAACGCCGUAUCUGCUACGUACGUCAAUUUCCAGCCAUUAGAACCCAUUGCGAAAGGAAACAAUAUCGGUCCUCUGUUAGCAGCUCGGAAGUUCCAGGAUACCACUAUAUUAGCUGUCGAUCCGAAAGCACCACAUAUUUACUAUCCGCAAUAUCAAGGUGUCUCUUUGAGCCAGCACUCUGGGUCCUCGGGGUAUCUAUAUCCUGUUUUCAUGGACGACAAAGGUAGCCGUCGCUUUUCCGGAAGGCAGAUCUCGCCUUCUAGCAUUGACUAUGGGAUUCUAAAAGACUGGAUAUCUGCGUGUCUUGAGUACCACCCCAACGGCUGCGGUAACCGCAGCAAACAAUCGGCUCAGGAUAUACCUGGGUUCAAGGUUAUGGACGCCUCAACGAGGGAGACAGUUCCUCUACCUGAAGGUCACGGCUACGCUGCUCUGAGCUACGUCUGGGGUAAACAAAGCGACGAAACUGGUAUGCCGAAAGUGGUCGAAGACGCCUUCGAGGUUACUAAAAACCUCGGAAUACAGUACCUCUGGGUCGACAGGUACUGUAUCGACCAGAAGGGGGAGGCACAACCCGAUCCGCACAAGAGAAUAGAAGCCCAGGCCCAGUUGGCGAGCAUGCACAUCAUCUAUGAGGCGGCGGAGUUCACUAUCAUCGCCGCAGCCGGCCAAGACGCCGACUUUGGGCUUCCAGGUGUGAGCACCACGCCUCGAUUCCGACAACCAUCCGUCACAAUUUCAGAUACCCUCUAUGUAUCUUCUCUUCCAUCCUUGAAAGAUCUUCUGAGGCACAUCAAGUGGAGACAGCGUGGCUGGACUUUUCAAGAGGGGAUCCUUUCCCCUCGGCGGCUGAUCUUCACGGAGUACCAGGUGUACUUUGAAUGCAACUUCUCGCAUUGCACGGAGGCGGUGUACGCCCCAGACGACAUCUUUUUCAGGUACGGAACGGCAUUCCAGUGCGUGGACGGGGCGCCGGCCUGGCCGCCAAUGUAUGGAGAAGUUGCGAACAGCGUCCGGAAUUUUCCAAUGGCAUUGAGUCUGGACAAGGGGACGACGAUUUUCGGGCUGAUAGAAGAGUACAUGAAACGAUCACUUAGCUUCAACAGCGACACGCUCAACGGCAUGCUCGGCAUCCUCAGCCGAGGUGCAACGACAGACCCGCCCUUCGGCCACUUCUGGGGUCUGCCGAUACUCACCGUAUCGCAGGCACAAGGGAACUCGGUGAUCAGCUCACCUCUCCCCCAGACAGCAACAGUGGGACUUUUACAAGCUCUAGAUUGGAAGUUGAAGAAGCCUGCACAGCGGAACCCGAGAUUUCCCAGCUGGUCAUGGACGGGCUGGAAAGGGCCGCUAGAGUUGAGCUUCGAUCGGGCCGAGGAUGUUGAACCCCCAUCCGGCAAGGCUAUCUUCGAGGCUUCCAGUACCGUGGAACGCUUAAAGUCUCCGUACGCUGAUAUAAAGAUCAAAGUGGAGGCGGAGGAUGAAACAGGGAACUGGGGAAUGCUGGAUUUUGAAAAGUUUCACGACGUCUAUGGGCCUCAUAUAAAUGAACCCAGUUUGAAGACCGGACGGUCACUCUGCCUCGAGGGACUUUCCAUGACCAUAAGGCUGAAGCAUGGGCAGAUGAAACAUGGGACGGACUCCUCAGGAUCUAUUUUAGCAGGCGCCAACGUCGAAGAGCACUAUUAUUUUGAGGCUUUUGCUAACGAAGAGGAAGUCAUAUACGGCGUGUUUACGCCAGAUUCUGUUAUGGAUAAAGAUGCAUUGUUGGGGAGUGAGUUGGAGGCAAUCGUCUUCAAACAUGACGGUAAGAGUCUCUCGCUGGAAAGCGGGGAGUCGGAUUCACAGAUAGAAGUCGGAUAUGGGACGCUGAACGAGAUGAACAUAAACAAUGUCAUUUUGAUGGUGCUGUGGCACGUGGGAAGUGAGGGUGCACAAGACACACAUGAGAGGCUGGGCACUGCCAGAAUAGCGAUCCCGGAAGCCAAGGAGACGUCAAAAGCACGCCUAAAGUUAAGACGGAGGGCAUUCCUGGUUCGGUAA